AUGGCGGCGAACGAGACCGCCUCCACGCACCGCCUGUCGUCCACCACAGGCGUGCACCUGCUCAAGGUCGCCGGACACUCCCUGAUCAAAGGAGCCAGCAUCAGCGUCGAGUCCAAGCCCUUCCACGUCGCCGGUCACGAUUGGGUCGUCGAGUACUACCCCUCCGGCAACAAGAACACCGGCGAGCAACACACGUCGGUCUUCAUCAACUUGGAAAACCCCGGGGAGGCCAUUGUCCGGGCGAACUACUCCUUUUGCCCUGGCUUGCCGGCGACGGGGGAGAAGACCACAGUUAACAGCAGCACGCACGAUUUCUCCGCCGCGCACAAGAGCUACAGAUUCAGCAAGUUCGUGCGCAAAGCCGAUCUAACCAAGUGGGGCUACCUCAACGACGACUGCCUCCUGAUCAAGUGCCUCCGACAUCUUCAGAGGGCCACGGAGACGACGACACGAGCGUCGUCGUGCCGCCCUCGGAACUGA